AUAAAAAAGGAAAAAUUUCCGCCCAUCUCUCUCUCUCUCUCUCUCUCUCCGUUUUUCGUUUUCCCUCUCCAUCGUCUCUUUGGAGGGAAAAACUUGGGAACCAAAGAAGCCAGCCUCUUCACUUCUCUCUUCUCCACUGGUUAGGGCUUCCGGCUCGCUCCACCUUCGCGUUCCUCCUUCGCUUCCGGCACCGGGGAACUCAAAAUCUGCUCUGGUUUCCUUCGCAGGGACGACCUUUCUCCGGCUGCUUCUUCCGGAGUCCUCGUUCCUUGAAUUUUUUUUUUCCUCCGGUCUCGAGCACGAUUCCGGGGAUUCGAGCGAGUAUCCGCUCAGUUGGUAGUUUUCACAAGAUUCUUGGGGCCCAACUGAUACAGCACUUAUUUCUUGGGUCUGGGAAGGGAAUAGACUGUUUCUAAAGUAUUUUCUCUAAAGUGGAAGUGGCAUAUUACACUGGAGGAUUCUACCUGGUACAACAAUGCAAAAUAAAAGAAAAGGAUCUGCAAGAAUCGCUGCUAGAGAUCAUGCCAGUCCUAGAGUAACUAGAUCUCAGAAGUCGUAUUCUGAAAAUGCACAAAUAGCUGAUAAGAAAGCAUCACAGCUGAUUACAUCCUCGCCUAGGAGGCAACGGAGCUCUGGCAUUACUCAGAAGAAGAACGACGCUUCCCUUGCUUUAAAGAGCGUGAAUGGAAGAAGCAGGUUCAGUUCUGAUGCUUGUUUGGACCGUGAUGUGACUGAGGAUGCUUCUUUCGAUUGUAAGGGUCCUCAAGAGGGAGCUGCUCAUCUUGUUUUGGAGACCAUUUUUUCUCCUGCUUUUCAUUCGUCUAGAAAUGGUGACAGGGAGCUUGCUGAUGAAGAAAACCCGGUCACAUUCUAUCAAAUUGAGAAAGAAAUAAAUCAUCAUCGCUGUGGCACGGAGCAGUUCCAAGGUGAUGUGCAGAAUGGUCAUGUUGUUCAUGAAACUUCAGGAUGCUAUUCACGGGAAGAGAAGAAUUUUUGUGAGAAUAACCUAACUUCAAGGAGUAUGACUUGCUCAAAUUAUGUUGAGAUGGACCAAAAUAUGUCCUCUGAAAAUUCAGGUGCCAGCAAUGGUGAUACGAUGCUUAGUCUAGAUACUAAUGCUUUAAGUUCCCAGUACAGUAUGGAUAUUGAAGGAGCCAGCCUUUCAUCUGAAGUUUCGGCCAUAUAUUUUGCCAUGAAAAACUCGAAGCUUGAAUGUGUUGAUGAGCAUGGUCAAGAAACUAUUACAACAGACAUAUGUGUGGAAGAUGAUGAUUAUGACGAGCUUGAUGACUUUGAUCCAUAUUUUUUCAUAAAAAACUUGCCAGACUUGUCUUCCGUUGUCCCAACAUUUCGGCGAAUGUUGCUACCUAAGCAGACCCGAAGUUGUCCUUCUACCACACUUGUUUUGGACUUGGAUGAAACUUUGGUGCAUUCCACUCUAGAACCUUGUGAGGAUGCAGAUUUUACAUUUCCAGUUAAUUUUAAUCUUCAAGAGCAUACUGUCUAUGUUCGUUGCCGUCCUCAUCUAAGAGAUUUUAUGGAGAGAGUCUCCGGUCUUUUUGAGAUAAUAAUAUUCACAGCUAGUCAGAGUAUAUAUGCAGAGCAGCUUCUCAAUGUGCUUGACCCGAAAAGGAAAGUAUUUCGUCACCGAGUCUAUCGUGAUUCCUGUGUUUAUGUGGAGGGAAAUUAUCUAAAAGACUUAUCCGUCCUCGGUCGUGACCUGGCACGUGUCAUUAUCAUUGAUAAUUCUCCGCAGGCAUUUGGAUUCCAAGUGGACAAUGGGAUACCCAUUGAGAGCUGGUUUGACGAUCAAGCGGAUCAAGAGUUGCUUCGGUUACUGCCAUUUCUAGAAAGCUUAGUUAGCGUCGAAGAUGUCCGGCCUUUUAUUGCAAAGAAAUACAAUCUCCGGGAGAAAAUAGCUGCUGCCGUCUAUCCUCUAAACACAAGGAGGGGCAAUCCUUUCGAAAGGUGAGCGUUGAAUAUGGAUUUCAGCUUCUCGCUUCCCAGCAGGCAGCUUUUUGUCUGUUUAUUUGUCUGUAACAUUAAUUUAUUGGUUUUAGGAUAUUUCCCUUCUCUUUGUUUUGAGUGUUUUUGGGGACCAAAUGUGCAAUAAAAUAGCUUUGAUGAAAAACAGAAGAGGAGAGAUCAAAAGGGGUCUCGAUGUAUCAA